AAGAGUUCGUUAAAUUCAGAGAUAGUAGCAUUAAAAAUAAAGUAGUCUUUAGUCUCUUCAAAAUAUGUGUGUAGUGUUAAUAAAAGGGCUCCAGAAGUCUAGAGAAAUUUAUUGUGUUUUUAAAAUGUAUGCAAAUUUGGAGGAGAAAGGGAAUGUUUUUGGAUUUUUUUCAUUAACAUGGAUAUUUUGCUGCUUAUUAAUUUGCUGCAUAUUAUAUUUCGUUUCCUCUUUAUCUUUUCUUCAUUGUCAUGAAAUUAUAAAUUUAGUUUUACAACCAUUUGUUUUAAAGUAACAAAUUCAAACAGCUGGACCUUAGAACUGGCUUUUCAUUUACCAAGUUAGUAUAUUGUUUAGAAUUUAGAUAAUUAACAAAUGGGUAGAAGUCUUUUUAAGUCCACAAAUUUUCUAAUGGAAUUUCAAUGUUCAAUACAAAUAUAAUUUUGAAAUUGUAUUUAAAGUUCUGAACUUUUUAAGACUUUAAUGCAUUCUUCCCAGACUACCUUUGGCUAUUGCCUAAGGAAAGCAGCUUUCCUCCUAAGACUGAGAAAAAGCCCACACUUCCAGACUUACCCUGAAAUUAACUCUCUUGUUUCAGUAGUGAAAAUAUGGUAAAUAUCGAAUGAAUGAUUUUGGGAAAGCCAUCAUUAGUCUUGUUUACUUUUUAGAUACAUGUAUAAGGAGAAAAGUUGACAUACAUACAAUGGCAUAAAUUUUAUACAUAUAUUAUGAACAGCAUAAAAUAAGUCCAUAUUUAUGUGCAGAAAUGUGAGUCUCAAUUGUUGCCUAAUUUGAACCUAGAAUUCCCAGUUUAAGUGUGCAAAUGAUAUUUAACUUUUGUUCUGCCUAGAAACUUCGUCAGUUGCCUCUGCGCUGGGAAACUAAAUUAGUUCCAGGUAGCAGAUGCUUUUUCAGAACAUCUAGGUACCACCAAACUCAAAGUGCCUCAGAAUCUCUGGACGUAAAUGUCUAGGGUAGAGAGCAAGACAUUUAGACUGUGAAGUUGGGUCAGGAAUGAGAGCCGUUUUGAGACUUGGUCUCUGUCGUGGGGGCAGCGAUCAUUAGCAGGGAAGAAUGGCCGGACCGGCUGAAAGACUCUCUCAUUACAUUGGCCUUCUUGCUGCCUGGAGUUCUCAUUAGGGGGGUAGAGGCUUGAGGUAAACCCUUGAGGAAGAGUUGCAGCCCUUUUACAUCUAGAUCGGACUUCCCCAGAUGAUACCUAGCCUCAGUUUACAGACCCGAGCGUAACACCCCGCCCCGCCCCAUUCUGUACGGAGUCUUACCAGCCUUUUGCGUAGCUGGCGGGGCUGGGGUCUAUCCAGGGUCCUGAUCGCUACCGGGCAAGCCUGUGGGAGCCUCUGCUUAUUCACACAUUUGUUUUGCAGUGAGAAGUGCUCCAAAAGUUCCUCUGUCCCCUUCCCAACAGAUUUGGGGAUAAGCAAGGAAGUACAGAAAAAUCAGCAUGCAAAGAGCCCUAUGUGGUAUUAAAGACUGCCCCCAAAUUAAGGGGAAGUUCUUUAUGAAGCUCAAAGCCUGGAUUUUCUCUCUCAGAGUGGGCCUCCCCUUCAGAGAGCCAUUUCAGGGACCACUGGAUAUUAGGUGGGUGGUUCUGAGGCUUGUUCACAGGACUGCCCCAGUUUGCUCUUUGGUCGCCAGGGUGCUUUGCUCUGUUUCUUCCUUUUUAGUGGGAAGUAGCAAACUUCAGCUUAGAGCUGAACUCGGUAAUGCUGAGUAGAAUGAGGCUCUUGCUAGGAGAGAAAGGAAGCCGUGAAUACCUAGCAGGCAGGUUUGCCCAGAAGGUAAAAGCUUUGAGGGCUCAGGCAUUGACAAGUCUUAUGCCCUAGACUGCUCUUGGUUUCUGGAUCGUUAGUCCUCUACUUACCCUUCUCUUUUCCAGGUAGCUGGGCACUCAUGUACACAGUUGUCUCUAGAGUAAGAUUGAGGGAGGCAAGUCUCUUUACUCUUACUAGAAAAGGGGGGUGCAAUGGGAAUGCAACACAGAUGGAAUAGGCACACUUUUCUCAGGAUGGAGGAGGCGAUCUGUGCUUGAGAAAAAAGCCAAGGGUAGGGCUUUGUAAUCUGUAUCUUCUUAGUCCCGUGGAAGAUGUUGGGGGAGAAUGUAGGCGCACUGGCAGGGGGUCCCCUGGAAAUAGGCCUUAGCUUUCCUACAGAGCCAGGGCUGAAGGCUUCCUGAAGCGAGUAUGAACAUUCAUGAUCUAUCUGGGAAACAGGCCCUAGAUUAUGCAUCAGAUGUAGUAAAAGAUAAAUCAGUUAUUUCUGAGCCCCUUCUUUACUACUGAACCCCUUUCCGAGAUAAGACGCCCCUUGAGCUGUCACUGUCCAAAGACUCAUUGGUUAAUUAACGGUCGGUAACCCAGAUGUCUGCAUAAAAAGCAGCGAUCUUUUAAUGUUUUACUUUUGGGGUGUUAAGGAGCUCUCUUUGACACAUAAGAGUUUAGGGACAAAAGAGUAAAAGGGGCGAGUGAACCUGCUUUAAUGAAUCCCGUAAGGACCUGCGUUUCCCAGGAAAUUCCUGACAUUUUUAGCUCAUGAAUUUCCGAAAGCCAGCUUGGUUUUCUCCUCCAUUCUGAGUCCUUCCAGAAGGGAAGAAGAGUGGGCUAGGGUCUGAAUGCUCGACAGGGCCUAGCUCAUCUGCAGAGCUGGCCGGCAACGCAGCCUGGGCUCAGCCCUGAGGAGGGUGCCCCCUUUCCCCAAAUCUCAGAAGGAGGAGGGGGAGGCAGGCAGUCGUGGUCCCAAGAGGGGCUGGUUGCAGGGUUUUUGAGUAAGUGUAGGGUUUCUUUUUGAUUGUUCUUUGGGGAGGAAGGGCAGAGCUGAUGGGAACAGGCACUGCGGGCACCCCGGCCAUGGUGUGCCUACUGUCCUCUGCUUGGCUCCCCCCACCGGUGAGUGCGCCCGCCCGCCCGACUGUGCGGGGCUGCGGUUGGGGGGAGGGGGGAGCGGGAUCAUCUGAGGCCAGAGACUGCUGCCGUGUACGCGGGGAGGGGGAGCGAGGGGAGGGAGAGAGGAGGGACAGGCUAGGUGUCUGCUGCUCCGCGCCACUGCUGCUGGCGCCCCGUCUUCAUCCCUAGCAGCCCCCUCUGCAGCUAAGGGUUAUCACCGCACCACCUCUCCUCUCCUUUUCCUCGCCCGCAUCUGCAGGCAGGGCUCUGCGAUCUCGCGAGAGUGGCUGGCUGGCUGUGGGGGUUGCGGCGGCAGCAGGCGGAGCCGGGGAGGGAAAGCAGCGGCGGCUGAGGCGACUGAGGCGGCGGGCGGAGCGGCAGGCGGCGGCGCGGCGGCGGAGCGCAGCAUCAUGGCGGACCGAGACAGCGGCAGCGAACAGGGUGGUGCGGCGCUGGGCUCGGGCGGCUCCCUGGGGCACCCAGGCUCGGGCUCAGGCUCCGGCGGGGGCGGUGGUGGCGGCGGGGGCGGCGGCGGCAGUGGCGGCGGAGGAGGCGGCGGGGCCCCGGGGGGGCUGCAGCACGAGACGCAGGAGCUGGCCUCCAAGCGGGUGGACAUCCAGAACAAGCGCUUCUACCUGGACGUGAAGCAGAACGCCAAGGGCCGCUUCCUGAAGAUCGCUGAGGUGGGCGCGGGCGGCAACAAGAGCCGCCUCACUCUCUCCAUGUCAGUGGCUGUGGAGUUCCGCGACUACCUGGGCGACUUCAUCGAGCACUACGCGCAGCUGGGCCCCAGCCAGCCGCCCGACCUGGCCCAGGCGCAGGACGAGCCGCGCCGGGCACUCAAGAGCGAGUUCCUGGUGCGCGAGAACCGCAAGUACUACAUGGAUCUCAAGGAGAACCAGCGCGGCCGCUUCCUGCGCAUCCGCCAGACGGUCAACCGGGGGCCUGGCCUGGGCUCCACGCAGGGCCAGACCAUUGCGCUGCCCGCGCAGGGGCUCAUCGAGUUCCGUGACGCUCUGGCCAAGCUCAUCGACGACUACGGAGUGGAGGAGGAGCCGGCUGAGCUGCCCGAGGGCACCUCCUUGACUGUGGACAACAAGCGCUUCUUCUUCGAUGUGGGCUCCAACAAGUACGGUGUGUUUAUGCGAGUGAGUGAGGUGAAGCCCACCUACCGCAACUCCAUCACCGUGCCCUACAAGGUGUGGGCCAAGUUCGGACACACCUUCUGCAAGUACUCGGAGGAGAUGAAGAAGAUUCAAGAGAAGCAGAGGGAGAAGCGGGCUGCCUGUGAGCAGCUCCACCAGCAGCAACAGCAGCAGCAGGAGGAGACUGCCGCUGCCACCCUGUUACUGCAGGGUGAGGAAGAAGGGGAAGAAGAUUGAUCAAACUGAAUGAAAACUCCCCACACACACAUGCAUACACACACACACAGCCACAAACACAGAGAAAAUAUACUGUAAAGAGAGAAAAUAAAAAGUUUAAAAGUUAAAAAAAAAAAAAAGAUAUAACUGUUAACUCCAAGGGAGCACCACCCACAGAACCUCCACCAACUGACAGUUUCUCUUCUUGACUUGCCACCCAUCGCUGGAUGUUGUCCACUUUAUCCACCAUAUAAAACAGUAAGCAGCUGCUAAAAACAAAAAACAAAAAAAUACAAAAAGUAAUAACAUUAUAUGAACUGUGUUUCCUACUUGAUUAAAAAAUAUAAAGAACUGAGUGUUUAUUUCCCUAAUUAACCAAGAACUUUUGUACACGUUUAAGCUAUUAUUAUUAAAAGUGUUUGCAAAAUGGUCAAGAUUAUAAUAUUGCUGAAUUAUAUAAAAGUCCUUUUCAUGUUGAGCUAACAUUUGACUUUAGCACAAAAAAGAGAUAUUUUAGAACACGUAAAAUAAUAUUUUUAGUUUUUCUCAUUUUGUUACCAAAUUUCAAACCUUACAUGGAGGUUAUUAUAGUAUAUUUGACACCCUAUAUACCUGUGAUUAGAGAUGUGUAUAUAUAUGAGGGCUAGGCAUGCUGUGUGUCUGAGCUUUGUCUAAAUGUUAUGCAGAAGUUUGUAGAGUUAAAGGUACGUAGGUUUAAUUCAUGCAAGGUAAACAAUAAGUGCUCUCUUUUACAAUAUGCAUUGCAUCUGGACCUUAAACAUAUAAAAAUGGUCAGUGAAACUUCUGUGAACAUGAAGAAAUUAUUAAAAAAGGCAUUUAAAUGAAAUUUGCUAAGUUGUGAUUUUUAUGGUUGGAACCAAAGUUAUUCAAAUAGUAAAAGGAAAAAGAAAGAAAAAGGAAAUCUCCCAUAUUUUUCUGCAUCUGUUUGCUUUGACUGAGUAGGCGUUUUGUCAUUAUUGUGUAUAUGAGAUGUACUUGUAUCGUUCAUAAUAUAUUUUUUUUAUUAUGUGUAGAAAGAUUUUAAAAAACUAACGUGCAGCAAUUUCCAGUGAACCUGUACUUGGACAUCAGGUAGUGAGUCUAUUUGUGGUCACUAGCACUGUCUCCUAAACUUGUAAGAGGUCUGAAGCUAUCCUUUGAUUUUUGCCAGUGCUAUUAACUAUGUAGACCUGUUAAAAAGCAGAGCAACACAAUUAUAGUUAUCCUACUGAGCCAUGGAUUCUGAGUUUAAAAGUGAAAGCCAAGUUGGUGUAUGUAAAGGAUUUCCAUGUAGCUGUGGUGCUAGUUAUUACUGGCUACAUUAUAUGCUAAAUGUAUUUGUGUUCCCCAAGUGUACAAGCCUUCUAUCAAAAGUAUGUUCUAUAACUCAUAUAUUUGAGGUGUAGGAUUUGAAAAUGCAAAGCUUAGGAGAGCACUUUAUCAAGCUGGUGUCCUCCAAACUGAAAUUGUUUGUAACGAUAGUCUUUUACAGGUUUUCAUUUAAAGAUGUUUGUGUGCUUUUAAUUGACAACUAACUUCUUGCUGCUGUAUAGUAAAAUAUUAAUAUAUUUUUAUCAUUAAACUGCUGCAUGACUAUCAUCUUUGAGUGAAGAGAAAAAUGUUAUAAAAAAGAUGCCUUAAACAGUACAUUUUGGUUUGGAAUUCUGUAGAAAGUAUUUUGGUAAAAAAAAAAAAAAAAAAAUCUUGUCUAACAAGAGUUCUGGGGAUGGAAUUGUUUCUUGGCAAAUCCAGCCAUAUAGAUCUAACUGCUGUAUGUAGAAGACACCACCUGUAGGAGCUGGAAGGUAUCAGUGCUUCUCACAUUGUAAAGCAUUGGCCUAGGAAGGCAAAACAGUUGUGUUUUUGAAGGAUUUUUUUUUUUUUUCUGCUGGUUCUUUGGGUUUUGAUUUGAUAUUUUUAAGCUCCCUGGUUGAGUGUGUUGUCUUUGUUUUUGAGAUCUACUGUAUGUGUUGAAUAACAAGCUAUUUUCAUUGUACUGUGCAUUUUCCCAUUAAAUUGUUUGCUUUUAAUAUUCAUACAAUGUUAAAUAUGAGGUGACCGUACAGUAGUUAGGAGUUUCUUUACUUACAAAAUCACUGGAAAUGAUUAAAUUGCUUUUCCCCAUCCCCUAAGGUGCAUUUUUCUUAUUUCCGUAUAGUAAAGUUGAGCUUUUACAGUGCAUAAUGUGACAUUUGGAAUGCUUAUCAACUGCAUGUAAACAUUAAUAACCUGCACUUUUUUGUCUUAAGGUUUGUUGAGCUCUUUUGUUCACUGUAUUUUAACUGUGAUAUGGAAAAGAGUGCAUUCUCUGUGCUGUUAUUAGGAAAGAGAAUUGCUUUGAUUUUGUCUCUUGUUUACUAUAGCUUCUUUAAAGUUAAGCCUUGUACUACAGGUUGUUGGAGUACUCCUAGAUCAGUGUUUCAUAGUGGCCAGCAAUAAGUAGUGCAAGUCAACAAAAACACAGCAAACUUAGGCAAAGUGUCCUUUCUUUGAGAUGCAAGUUCUUUCAUGAGGUUUUCUUUAGGGUCAGAGUUACCUAAAGUGAAGCCUUUCUUACCUAUAGACUUCAGAUUCUGCUUGGAAUCCUACCGGAUCAAGAAGCACAUGUAUUGUGCAAUUGUCUUUACACUAUAACAGUUGAACACAAUCUUACUAAGAUUCUGAAACCAGUGUCUGAUUUACGGUCAGUGGGUUUAAAAAGAAAUCCACAUGCAGAUCUUUUAAGACUUAAAAAGUGAUCAUAGAAAAGACUGUCUGUAAAGAUGCUCUUUUUUAAGCAUCUCACUUACCUCCCCAAGCACCCUCCCAAACCUUCCCUUCUUUCCUGUCUUGUUCAUGGUUUUCCUUCCUGCCCCUCUGUCCCCCCCCAGGUGCUCGGUACUUUACCAAGGUUCUAUAUUUCAGUGUUUUAUGUUGGAGUUUUUCCUUAUUUUUAUUUUUACUAGUUGGUAAACCCUUGUUUGUGUUGACAAAAAAGGAAAUGGUGUAUUUGACCAUAUAUGUUAUUCAUAGAAGACAGUAUGAUCAAAUGUGCCAAAAACAAGCAAACAAAACUUAAUUCCUGAUAAGUAUGCCUUAUUUUUAUUGAUCUGCUUUGUCUUACAAUUAAAGUCCAAGAGCUUGGUUAAACUGUAUUAUUUGCCUAAGUAUAAAAGAAAACUUGAAAUGCAUUGCAAUAUUGAUGUUCUUUAAAAUGAGAGACACUGUCAAGUAAUUUAAUCCAGAGAUCAGCCACCAGAUUUGAAAUGCUCGUGUGUGUGUGUGUGUGUGUGUGUGUGUAGUUGGUUUUUUCUUUUAAAUCACCAAAUCUUUUUUUUUAAGCUACUUUUUAUUUGUGCCUCCUAUUUAUCAUGCUGAUGUUAGAAGCAGCAGUCAUCCAGCCACAGAGGGAGCUAAAGUUAACUAACCAGAACUGUAGAAAUCAUUAUACAUGCCUUUGACAACAAAGGAAGUUCUUAAGAAAAGCCAUGUCGGCUUUUCAUCUACUAGAUAUAGGUUGGAGGUAGAUGAAUAUUUGCCAAAUGGAAAUAAAAAAAGACAAUGCUAGUCAGGAAAGACAAACUGUUUUCCAGCUUCUCAAAAGCCAUGGAGCGUAGAAACCAAAACUAACAGGGAAAUAAGUCUCAAUUUUUAGUUGUCCUGUGCAGGGGUUGAAAUUUGACUCAAGGGGGAAAGUAUAUCAAUAUGUUUUUUUAGGCCUUCAGUCUAGAGACAGAUAACUAUUCCAAUUGGUUUUUCAGGUAAUGGAGAAAGCUGCUAGUAAUUUUAACCCCUGCCUAAAGAAGACAAAUAAUUUCAUUUGGGAGCAAAUACUUACUGCCUUGAAAAAUAGCACUGUAAUAGCCUAUGAUAAUUAGUUGUAGAAUAACCUUUAUCCCUUUCAAACUAUGCAAAUUAUUAAAUAAGUGUAAAUUAGGAUUCAAUUAAAGAUAGUUGAUUAUAUUGCAAUCAGAUGGCAUUCGCAAACUUAACUGGAGCAUAUACAAAUCUAUUAGUCAACGAGUUUUUUAUGCUAACGGAAAAAUAUAAUUUAGCUACCUAUUCUAAAAAUGGUGAAUAUUAUUAAUAUUGUAUAAUAGGACUGGGAAGACUGCCUCCUUUUUUGAAGAGAAAGAAUAAGGAUUUUUAUAAUUGUUUUUCAUCAAAUUUUAAUAUUUUUGUCAAUUUUAGGUAUUUAAUUUGUAAAACAGUUUGCUUUGUACUGGCAUACAGAAAAUAGGGUAUUGAUUUUAAACUUUUUGAAGCCAAGUGAUCAAGUACAUUUGUAAUAAAAGUCAAUGGAUCUAUAUCAGUUGUACUCACUGUUUUCAUUUCUUACUCUUAUUAAUAUAGGGAUGCUGUACUUUUUCUUCAGGAAAACUGAACUAAAUUUGGGUGGAAGGGAGGGGAAAAGAUAAAUCUUAUGAUAAUAAUCUGGGUGGGUAUCAUGGCCCAUGCACUUUAUAUCAUUUUCAAGUCAGUUAAGAUUUGUUAUAUUUAAAAAGAUGCUAUGUCGACUUUUUUCUUCCUAUUUUCUUAUGGAACUUGAUGUUUGGGGGGAUUAUGUCAUUCAUUUUUUGUUCCUGUGCUUUAACAUUUUACAUUUUGACAUUGUUUACACUUUCUAAACUAAGGUUUUUUAAUGACAUUUUGGGUUAUCAACCAGUUCUGAUGACCCACCAUGGGCAUGAUUAUUUUUUAUCUCCUAUGCAUGUUUCACUCUCUCUUCCUCAGUAUUCCCACUCAGUUUUUCAUGUUACACACAUAUGUGCACACACACAUUUCUAGUUGAUUUUAGAAUGGCACUUUUUGAAACUUGCUACAGUAGCUUUUGUAGCUCCACAAUGCAUUUUAUUUUACAUAUGGGCAUACUUCUUUAAGAUUUUCUUGCCCAUAAAAAGUGGGAUAUCAAAUCUAAUGAACUUUUUCCCUUUUCAGAGUCUUUUAAAUAUCAGAUUGAGAUCUUGCUUUUAGUGUAAAAGGGUAUUAAAAAAAGGGCAUCUUCAGCAACUUAGGUUUGGAACAGUUCUUGAUAACACUGAGUAUAACAGAGGUGUUAUCCCAAAAUUUUAGUAUCUUAAUAAUUUGGAGGUACACACAGACAUACACACUCCAUGAAAGUGGAUUAAACAGGACAGAGAAUUUAUUGGAAUUGCUAAAGCAAAUAAAAUUCACCAAAGUUAAAAUUGUCCAUUAAAGUGUCUUAAUUUUUAAAUCACACGUUAUGUAAUAUUUUUGUUUUCUUUAUUGCGUAUUAACCAAAUUUAGGCCAUUCAUAACUGAAGCAUGCUAUAAGAUGAUCACUGCUAUUGAAAUUAUUGUUUUUACCCAGAAGCAUUACCAUUGAGUUAUCUUUGCAGAAUUUGCAAUAUUUUUAAGAAAAGCUGAUUUUAAUAUUUUGAAAGUUAUUUGAAUCUAAAGUAAGACCUAUAUUUAAGGCAUAGAGCAUUUGACAGGCUCUUUUUGGACAGAAAUUUCAUUAUUAUGGGGUAAGUGAAGAUAAUCUGUAUUAGCAUUAGCAUAAAUCAGAUAGAAUUUCAUGAUGUAAGAACCACCAGAUGAAAGAAGAAAAAUAUUGGUUCUAAGCCAACGGUUCAUUUUUUAUCUACUAAAAUAACUACCAAGUUUUGAUGUUGAAUGAUCUAGGUAAUUUAUGUCUGUAGGAAAGUUGAGUAUGCCAAAGGUCACUCAUUAGUAGCAUUUCUUAUCAAGAAUUUCAUAGCAUUCAUUCAUUUUUAUUUUAUCCUCAUAUUAUGUUUGGUACUUGUUUUGUUUUUUUUUUUUGUUUUCCUAAUGUCCUUUGCUUUUGUGGAAAAUUGUCUUGUUGAUAGGUAGAAAUAUGGUGGUGAUCCUCUAUGUAAAUUGGUUCUUAACAGAUCAGGACUAUUUUACUCAUUUUGGAAUUGCAAGAUUUUUACAUUUUAAUGAAUACAUACUUUAUUUUGAUGAUUAGUAAUUUGCUUAUUUAAAUUUUUAUAGCAUUUCAUGGGAAAGAAUUUAAGCUAAAGAGUUUCAUUUAGAGUCCAUUUUAAUAAUUCAAGAGGCUUCCAAGUUCAAGGACUAAUUCCUUGUAUUCUAGAAUUGUUAAAAAACUGGAACUACUCUUGUUAAUAUGUUUUAGUUGAAGAUGGAUUAACACAAAAGGAUCCUAGGAGGGGUUAAGAAAAGAUAUUCUUAUUGUGAAGUGGCUGUUGAAGUUAGGGGACAGAUAAUUUACCUAUUCACCUUGACUAGCUCAAACAGUAAUGGCCAUCAGCUAAGGACUUAUCAGACUCAUGCUAAGAUUGGGACAAACUCUUAUUCAGCUAAAGUGGAUUGGCAAUUUCCAGUGCAGGUAGCUGUUGGUGGCACUUGACCUAUCUCCUUAACAUAUAUAUCUGGCAUCUUCUCUCUCCAACCUUCCUUUUUCCUUGUUUUUCUCCUUUUUUGAUUCUUCUUGUGACAGGACUGCCAGUAGCCCUCAGGCUUACGUAACCCUUUGAGAAUAGUAAAGAAAUUGCUGACUCCUAUCUUAGAACAUAGCUAACUGAUGAUCCAGAAAGAUUUCUGUAUUAUUAAGUAAUUAGACAAUUUUUUCUGACUGCUGUUUUCCCCAUAGUUGGCAGUUUCAAGGGCAUCAAAUUAAUGUUUGUUAAGAAAUUUGUGAAUUGAAGAGAGUACAAAGUAUGUGUGUUUUAGGUUAGUUACUGGGAAUGGAGACUUACUGGUUUGGAAAUUUGAGGGCAGAAAGGGGAGAGCUUGUUUAAUGUGUUUGUGAAUGGGGUUGUGAGAGGUAUAUAAACAAGAAAUUGGUUUGAAGGUAUAGUGGAAAGAAUUUUUACUGAAGGCAGGAAAAAGUAUAAGAUGGCCUCUGAAUGAGAAUUAUUUGCUAAAGACAAUGAAGUUGAUCUUGACUAAAGAAGUUUCAAUAAAGCUAGAGAAAAUGAGUCCCCCGUUUGUUAUGUGAAAACUGUUAAUCUAUAGCUAGAGUUUUGGUGAUGAUGCAUUAUACAGAUCUAUUUUCAUUUGUAGGAUGUUUGCUUUUCUGGACAAAUUAGCACAAUUGUGGAAUGGCGGCUUUUUCUAGUCAAGGCAAGUUGGUGCUGGGGACUUACUUUGAGAAAAAGAAUGUAAGAAAAUUUCAAACUAUUUCAGUUACCCUUUUUAAACUAUCAAAAAUAUUUAUCAUACAGACUAUUUUCUUGACCCUUGUUACAGUGUAGUUUACCUUUUACUUUUCAAAAUGGUCCUUAGAUCAAAUUAUUGAUUUGCUGUCCACAAAGAUUCAAAUUAUUUCUUACUUUUAUAGACCUUUGGGGCCUUUGGCUCAAAAUUUCUUAGAAAAGGACAAACCAUGUAAAACACUAAAUCGCAAUUUUAAGUAUAUUUUCUAUUUAUUUUGUUAAUACAUUUGCAAUCCUAACCAUUUAAUCUUGUGAACCUUAUAAAGCCCUCAAUAAUAUUAUGUUUCUAAAAUUAGAAUACAUGCUCCCCAACUUAUGUUUCUAUCUGUUUUCUCACAUUUUUACUUUAAAAUUGUAGUAUUCCCAAGAGUUCUGUGGUAGAACACUUAAUAAUAUAACUUAGUACAUCUUAGAGGUUCUUAAUGUCAUUUUUAGGGUGAGCUGAUAGUGUUUAGAUUUCUGUUCCCGUUAUCCCGGUAGUGUUUUAAAUUAUAAUAAAUAAUUACUACAAUAUUUGUUUGUGAAGUUACAAAAUUUAAGUCAAUUUGGAUUAACUCUUUGUUGUCAAAUUUAGUAUGGAUUUAUUCCCAGUGAUUUUGACAGAUUACUUUCAGGUUUCCUUUUACUCAUAUCUGUAUAAAUUAGUGAUAAAAAUCUCUUUUAAAAUAGCCCCCCAAAAAGGGCUGCAGAUUUUGUACUUGGAAGGUAAUUUUUCUUUUUUAUAAAUAUCAAGUUUAUUAAUAAUAGCAGGAUUAUUUUUAUUAUAGCUUAUUUUGUAGAGUUGGCACUUAAUAUAAUUUCCAUACCUUACUGUGUCAGAUUUUAAAUUAUAAUACAGUUACAUACUAUAACUUGUUUAAGUCAGUGAAGAGUCUUCUUAAAUAGCCCCUCCCUUACAAAUCACUUAUAAGAAGUGAAUUCGUAAACCUUCAUCAAGAGCCAGUUAUUUAAAUGACUGAUAACAAGUUUUUGAAAGACUUCCUUAAGUCUUGUCAGUGGAGAUAAAUGUUAGCCCAUUUCCAUGCUGCAUACAGUUGUUAGGGUUUAUAAAGUUGUCAAUAUGUACAAGUGCAAAAGCAGGAAAGACAACAUAAAGUUGCCUGUGAAAUUUCUAGUUUUCAUUGUUUGCACUACUUAUCUUUGCACUUGAUUUUUUGAAAGUUAAGACUAGUCACUUUCACUUUUGUUUCUAGUCUUUUCUGAUUUCUUACAGAAUUAUGUUUUCAAUAUCCCACCCAAAGCAAAACUUAUAUGCAACUAAAUAUGCUUUAUAAGGCCAAGAAAAUAUUUUUAGUGUUAGCUAUGUAAAAGAAAAAUUUGUUUUGAUAAACUUUUUAAUAUAGGCAUUUAUUUGCCAAUAAAAUCCUUUGUAAAUGUAACUUUUAUUAACUAUUUAAAUAGAGUUAAAGUUUAGGAAAUAUGUGUGUGUGUACGUAAAUGAUGUCUUUAGAUCCAACUUCUGGCUUGAGAUGGCCUGAUUUUGGAUUGUUGGUCUGUUUUCACAGAAGUCAAUGAGAUCUGAGUCUAGCUGGGUACUUGCUUAAAUACCUGGAAGUGAAGUGGGUAGCAAACGGCAGCUCCCUCUUUCAUGUAGUUUUCCUUAAUGUUCAUAUAGUUCCCUUACGGUCUAUGUGAUACAACUGAUAUUGACAUAAUUACAUUAAAUGAAUAUUACAGUUUGGAAUUCACUUUUUAAUCACUUUUUGAGGAUGAAGAGCAUCAGUGGGUAAGAGACUUUAUUUUAACCAGAUGCAGUCUUAUGACCUCAAAGAUAUACUCUAGCAAGAAAAGAAUAAAAAGUGUACCUGUGAACGUAUUUUUUUGUCUUAGAUUAUGCAACACAGUAUUCAGAAUUGCAAAAAAAGUGACAGUUUAACCAAUGAAACAGAGAUGUGUUUUGGGCUAAAAUUAAUUUUUUGUGAGUUAUUUAUUUUAUAUUUCCUUUCUCAUAGAUUUUUAUGCACUAUAUACUUAAAACCAAGUGAGAGGACUCUUUUCAGAUCUGGUUUAUUUUUGGAAUGCCUGAGUGUGUUUCUGGAUAGGAAGAUGGUGUUUUAAUUCUUGACAUGCUCUUCUCAGCAUGUUUUGCUUGUCAUUCUGGAUCUUCUGUUUGCAAAUUCUGUUGAAAACGCAGUGAUAUAAUGAGAAAGUCCUCUAUGGCAUAGUGUGAAUGUUUGUGGCCGAAUUUAUUGUGGAAACUUAUGGCUUUGUUUUUACUUUGGGUAGAAAAUUUAACUCCAUUGUCCUCUGAUUUUAGGUUUAUAUAGUGGAAUUAUGCUAGAUAGUUGUCUAAAUAUGUGCUAAUUUUGGGAAAUGAAAGUUCAUAAAUGUGUAUUUGACUCCAGAUAAUCCUUUACUCAAAAUCACAAGUUUAAGGCUCACAUCAUUAAGAGUUACCUAAGCUUCAUGUUGUCGAAUCUUUAAAUGUGGAUGUUGUUCAGCAUUGUAUCUAUGAAUGUCCUUUAGGAAAAGAGAAAAAUUUAGUCUUCAAACCUUUUCUUGGAGAUUAAAUUUACCAUAUAUGGAAAAUGAAAAUUUUUAGAAAGUGGCUUUAUUUUUUAAUGGAGUUUAACCAGCUUAAUUAUUUUUUCUAGUUUGAAGCAUUUAUUUCCCAAAUGUGAAUAAAGGGAAAAGAUGAGCAAUUUGCCCCUCCUCUUUUAAGGCCGUUUUUAGUUUUCUGCCCCUAUUUCCCAGUCCUGGUAUAAAAUGAAUUACGGGUAUCCCUCUUUAAGUCCCUAUAACCCUUUUUCAGAUCACAGAUUCAUUUAUCUCUGAUAAUCACAUGAGAGUGAUGGACCCUCUCCCAGAAAAAAAAAAUGCACACAGAUAAUUUUGCAUACAACCUCAGGGGCAUCACACGUGUUUUGAAACCCAAGUUAAGGAUCUCUGCUCUAAGCGAACUCUGUACAGAAAAUUUCAGUGAAAAUUAUUGAUAAAAUUAGGAACUAACUAUUGGCUUCAAAUAUUUCAGAUUGGAAUUAUUGUUAGAUGGUGGCCCCUACUAACAAAAUGUGACAUUGCAACCAGUUCUGUUAGACAUAAUAACAUCCAGACAGAAGGAAGAAAAAGCAAAGUUCUGAGAGCUGUUUUUAUGGAGUCAGGGCAUCUCUAUAUGUGGGAGCCAUUACUGGUUCAAGGCAGGGGUCAGGGUGCCUGACAAAUUCUAGCAGGGUAGAGUUUGAUAAAUCACAUUGCUCAGGAUGCCAAGGGGUUAACCAUUAUCUUAACCCCUUCCUCACCAAAAGAUUUUAGUUUUGUCUAUUGGGAACAAGAUGUUACUAGGGAAAAAAAAGAUUUGCCUUACAACUUUGCUGGAACACAUCACUUUGGUGACGGAUGGGACACUAGUGUUAUUUUUAAGAAGGUGCAUAAAACCAAAGUAAAUUAUUCUCUAUGUAGAACUUUAUUUACUAGUAAUAUUUGUUUGGGUAUUUAGCUUUGACAAUUUUUACCAGUAAAUAUUAGUUUUAUUUAAAACUGGGAAUUCAGUUUAUAAAUAGGAUAGUUGAUAUAUCUGUUCUUCCCCUUGUGUAAAGAAUAGUUUAAAAAUUUAUGCACACUUUUUACUUUUCUCUCUUAAUGCCAUGGGGUGGGGUGGGUGAUUCGGGGAAGAUCAUUGAGUCAAUAACUGACAAAAUGUCUUCUUCAAAUUUAAAAAUUGAAAAGCAGCACUUUAAGUCUAACUCUACACCAUUUUAUUGCAUGUAUUAGUUUUAAUAAUUUUUGGUGCAUGCCUUUGGGCUUAUUCAAAAGUGUACAAUAGGAAAGUAUAUUUCCUUUCUUAGAAAGGAGAUGUUUUUCUACUUUGCAACAUGUGAUUACAAAAAUCUUCCUCUGUGGGAAGAUUAACCAUGUAUUGAACUACUGAAAAGUAUAUAUUUUUAGAUAUACAGAAGGAAUCUACAUGGAGCAGCAUUCAGACCUAUAUAGAAGUCAUAGCAUUCUGUAUAGGACCAAAAGGAAGUUACCUUAAACACUUAAACAGACUUUGUUGGGUAGAAAUACCUUUAGAUCUUGCAUUGACUUCCAAAAAGAAAAUGCCACAGAAGUUUGCUGAAAACUUUUGUUACUUGAAUUUUCUCUGUCAGUGUAUUUAGCCCAAAUGUAACAGCUUUGGGUUAGCAUACAUGUAAGAAUCAAAACACCAAGCUAACUAAAUAGUUCAGUCUUGUUUGCCAAUCCAGCUUGACUGAAAUAAGCAAACUAAUCACAUACAACAUGAAAAACUGUCCAAACUCCUCAAAGGUUUCGACAAAAUAACCUUGGCUGAUGUGGGAAGACUCCCACUUCAAUUUCUGACCUGACAGUGAAGAUUCAUGCUUGACAUGAUUUCAAACCUGACAGUGUCUGUUUAAGGAGCUAUGGUACAGUUUGCUAAUUCAAUCCCAGAUACCUGUUGAUCACCUGUGAGAUCUAGAGUCCAAAGUAGCCAGCAGCCGUAUCCCUGAGUGCUCUGUGCCCAUCAGAUAUCUUAAAGUAAGCAGGGUUGGGACAGGUCACAGCUUGGAUGAUUGACCUCAGAUGCUAUAGAUAGCCCCAGAUUCAAGAAUUGUGUCUGCUUUCUUGAGAGUCAUCACUGAACUAGUGUCCCACACUGUGUUACUUACUGUAGAUGCUCUUAGAGGAGGCCCAGAGCACACAUCCUAAUCCCUUAUGGUACUCAGAGAGGGGGUGCUAACUCUGAUGCCCUGGCCAAAUUCCAGUUUAGGGAUGUGGGUCUUCUCAUUCUAAUUGGAAAUGUGCAUCACUUCCCAUUUUUCCUGUUGAUCUCAGUGCAAACUACACUAGUCUGUUUCUUUGCCCUGGUCCCAAGUCUCUAAGAUGCUGGUGUGUAUUAUAGGGGCCAAGUUCAUGCCUUAUCCUAACGCACAAGAGUUGAGGAAUGGGUGAGCUUGGUGUCAAUUCCCUGUGGUUAUAUGGUGGACUCUUGUGAUGCAGUGGGGAUGAAAUUGGCCCUCUUUUAGCGUAAGUCGGAGAAUGUGCACUGGCCAGAGGCUUCUAGCCAUGGUGUGAGCUGAAACCAAUUUUCCCUCUUUUCUUAUAGCAUGUUGAGAAAAUCUGUUGGGUUUUCAGCAGUCAGGGAAGGCCGGAGUUCUGCUUUAAUCUGGGUAACUGAGGAUGGUUUGAGCAAGACUUUGGUUAACUAACUGGGUUCUCAGAUGCCACAGACUCCGUGAGAAGUCACCAUUAUUUUCAAUGGUUGUGAUAGAAUUUCCCCCUAGUAGCCAUUAUUUUAAGAUUAUAUUGCAGAGUUGCUUUAUUUUGAGCUUUCGUGUGUACACAAUCCCAAACUGGAAGAAAUUUUAAAAAAAAAUGGAAUCCUGCUGUGAAAGGUAUAUAUUACUCUAGAUUUUUCUUACUGUAAAUAUUGUAAGAUUGUAAUACUGUUGAUAUUUUAUUAACCAACAAAUGUUAAUCUAUGUGAAUUUAAACUUAUUUUAAAUGUGCUUCUUAUUUACUGUGUGUGGUCCCUGUUGCUGACAGUAUUAAGUUAUAUUCUGAUGUAAGAUUAACUUUAUUAAAGAAUGUAAACAUUAAUGUUUCCUUAUGGGAAAACAAAUAAAGUAUAAAGAAGACAAUUCUUUUCAUUGAAAUAUACUGUAUAUUUACACUUGCUAGACCCAGCACCACUUACAAAUUUAGUACAGAAUUUUAGUUAACACAGCUGACAUGGUUGUGCUCUCUUUGAAAGUCUAAGAGAAGGUAUUGUUGAAAUAUAAACAGUUUGUAUUUGUCUGCUGUGAAUCAUGAUCUUGAAAUUUCUAAUCAAGUUUGUAAAAUUUUUAUAGUUAAACAUUUUAAUGACAAUUUAAAAAUUUAUCUUCUCUAAAAAAUGGUCAAAACAAUAUCAUUUCAGAAAUAGAAUUGUUCUUUAAUACCUUUCCAAAAUGACUUUGGUUAAAUGGACCAGAUGUAUGUUAGUUAAAAUUUAGGACUAAGUUGUUGGUAUUCUUUGAGUUUACAAGUUAAUCCUUAUUGGAAAUGUGCCAAUAUACAGUAGAAUAUCAUUAAUUUGCACUGUUUGGGGACCCCUUCUAAGAAUGCUGAAUUUUGCCAACUAAGAAGCAAAUGCAAUUUAAAAAGUAAAUUUGAGCAUUCUGUAUUAAAUAUGUGCAGUUAUUAUCACAUGAAGAAGCGCAGUGUGUCGGGCUGUAAUAUAACCAUAUUUGCUGUCAUGUUCUCCCAUCUCAGUGCUGGGAACUCACCAUGUGGAAACCAAGCAAACGUGUUGUGCAUCAGCCGGCUUGAGUUUGUUCAAUAUCAAAGCUGAAACUAGCGAGGUCUGCUGUACUGCUUAUUGAAGUAUUGUGAUUCUUUUAGGCAUUGAUUCUUACAAAAUAUAUACUGUAACAGUAUACUUUGUACAGAUUUAAAUUUUAUUUGAAAAAAAUGAAAUAAAGUAGGCAAAAAAAAAUAAAGAUGUUUAUUUUUCAUGUGACUAUAUAA